CCUAAAACUCGUUAUCUGCUGUGCGGGACACAUCUUGACAGGGACCAAGAGUUGGCUGAUGGGGGCUGUGGGCACGACCUGUCCCUGCAGCUGUAGUGCCAGACCUCAUCUGCUACAGAGGAGACUUGGAGGCAGGGGAACUUUCUACAGUAACUUCACAGCGGCCCCAGCUACGUGCAGACCAGGCUCUGGAAGAUCUUUGAGGCUAGAAGUGAGUGCCGUGAAGGGCGCUGGAAAGAAGAAACUUGCUCAGAGUGCCCAGGCAGGCGCAGCACAGUUGCCGCCCACGCCACCAGUCGAUCCUGACAAUGCAGAGUUCGUGCUGUUCAUCCGGGCAGUCAAGUUCCCGCAGUGGUACCCGCUGUCAGUGGUGAAGGGCGGUUCAGCGGCCAACAUCAUUGUGAGGGCCAUGGAGUCAGAGUUUGGAAGGCUGCUCUAUGGAAAGACCCUCAUACGCAACAUUGGCACGGUUGUGUAUCAGGACCGCAGGAAGAUUGAGAACAUGGUGAAGCGGAGUCUGCCCAUGAUGAAGAACUUCAAGGACUUUGAGUUUGGAUUCAAGAUCCGGGACAAGACGCGGCCCAACGACUGGUACUUUGCCGAGAAUGUUACCAUAAUCCCACCAGAGUCAGAGCUGAGGGGUACCGUUGCGGAUCAGGUCGGUGACUGGUGGAAGAGCCUCACAGGAGGCAAUAACUGAAGUGCGAAGCGAAGCAGGCAGCAAUUUUGUGAAUGUCUGAGUUAAUGCAAUUGGUUUUCUGUGAGUAUACCCAAGAACAUUCUGUGCUUGUGCUGUGUUGAGAUAUGAUGCUCAGAAGAGGGUUUUUUCGUACUUACAUUCUGCUCAACUUGAAUAUUGAGUAUUCUCAUGAAACCGAACAGGACUGCCAGUGCUGACUGCUGUGCUUGGUGACGAAAAUAGCAUACUUUGAAAAAUACCAGUGUUCUGCUUA